AUGUCUCGUCUUCAGUCCAUGCAGCUCUCCGGCAUACGCUCUUUUGGCCCGUCGGAUGCGGAGACGGUCAAGUUCGAAACGCCAUUGACUCUCAUUGUUGGCCAGAAUGGUUCUGGCAAGACGACCAUCAUCGAAGCCCUCAAAUUUGCCUUUACCGGCAUGCAGCCUCCCAACACAAAAGUUGGUGGUGCGUUUAUCAAUGACCCCAAACUGGGCAACGAGAAGAAUGUCAAGGCAAUGGUUAGAGUAGCGUUCAAAGAUGCUAAGGGCACUUCGUACGUCAUCUCACGGCGACUGGAACUGUCAGUGAAGAAAACUGCCCGAUCUCUGAAAAGCCUUGAAGUCUCCCUCAACAUCUCUAAGAAAGGCGUAAAGACCGUCCUUUCCUCAAGGGUUGCCGAAAUGGAUUCCAUCCUGCCUCGCUAUCUUGGUGUGGCCACGGCCAUCAUUGACAACGUCAUUUUCUGCCAUCAGGACGAAAGCUUGUGGCCUCUCAGUGACCCAUCAACUCUAAAGAAGAAAUUCGACGAGAUAUUCGAAGCACAGAAAUACACGAAAGCCAUUGACAAUAUUAAGCAGAUUCGUAAAAAGCAGAAUGAAGAACUGGGCAAGUAUAAAAUCCUCGAAGACCACGCCAAACUUGACAAGGAUCGCGCGAACAAAGUGGCGGCCAACGGGCGAAGGCUUCAUGCGACAAUCGAAGAAUUAACGGCUGAGAUCCACGAUCUGCAGAAGCGGAGCGCUCAUGCUCGAAGUAUGGCAGAUGAGGCUUGGAGGAAAGGUGAAGACUAUGCGAAGGUGCUGGGCUUGUUAGAGGGAAAGCGUAUCGAGGCACGAGGCACAAAAAACACCAUUGAUGGGCUCAAAGAACAUCUUGAGGAGGUUGACGAAUCUGACGAGUGGCUGCAAGAGACACUGGACCUCUUUGAAACAAAGCAACAAGAAUUGAAAGAUGACAUCCGCGCCAAGCAGGAACAAUACCUCGAGCGGCAAGAUGAAAUCAAACUCCUUGGUAAGCAACGCGAAGAGAAAGUCAAACUCAAAGGACGAUAUGAGCAAGAAAAAGAAGAGCAUGAGCGGCAACUUGUCCGACGAAGAGAAAUGGUGCAGGCCGUUGCCACCAAGCACCAGAUUCGUCGUUAUGAUGAUCUCACUGACGACGCACGUGUUGAAGAAUUUCUGCUCAAGGUGAAGAAGAUCCUGCAGGACCAGAAAGUUGCUCUUGACCGUGCUAAGCUUGAGCAUGCCUCAGAGCGACGAGAGGCGCAAACAUUGGUUAACAAGCUGACAGAGCGCAAGGCUGCCCUUCAAGACCAAAAAGUCGGCAUUCGCAAGCAGAUGGACACGAAUGAUCGAGAUGCUGGGGAGUUCCAACGCAAAGUCAAUCAGAUCAAUGUCGACGAAGGCAGCAGAGCCGUUGUGGAGUCUCGCAUCGAAGAUCUCAAUAUCAAGCUGAGGCAUUCUAUAGAAGCCGCAGAGGCUGCUGACUGGGAUAAAAGAUUACAAGACGCCCAUAACCAGCUCCAAUCUUUGGAAACGACAAACUCUAAACUCGGUGAUGAGAUUGUGCAAUCGACCCAGAAGGCAGGAGAACUCGCUCGGUUGUCGCAUCUGAAACAAGAACUAAAGGAUCGACAGCGAAGCCUAGAGACACUCUUGAAUGCGCAUAGCGACCGUAUUAAUAAGGUCAUGGCGGAUCAAGAAUGGACACCUGCUACUAUUGAGGCUGUUUACCAAGAUGUUUUGGCUGCAGUCAGCACCAAACUUUCAACCGCUGAACGUGAGCGAGAUUCUCUUGGAGGGCGUUUGGAGCAGGCCUCAUUCAGACAGAAGACGCUGCGUGAUGAAAUCAACAGAAAGAGGGCGGAGGCAAAGGAUUGUGACAAGCAGAUUCGUGCGGUGGUCGCGGCCGGGCCAGACGCGUAUGACGAAGCAUUGCAGCAGGCCGAGGCUGACGUGGAUUUCGCUCGCGACGAAAGUGGCGGUUUUGCUGGUCUCCAUGACUACUACAAAAAGGUGCUGCAAUCUCUCGAGGCACCCAAACCCGCGUGUCGAACUUGCUCUCGAGGUUUCAAGAGCCUUGAUGACCCGGCGUUGACAAGAACGAAGAAACGUAUGCAGGAAUUAGUUGCCAAAACACUUGAAGACUUUGAGCGUACAAACCCAAAAGAGGCCGAGGCCGAGUACAAGCGCCUUCUCGAUCUCGGACUGGCUGUUGAGACGUGGAAGAAGCUUGAAAACACCGACAUACCAGCUGCUGAACAGGAGUUGUCAAAAUUAAAGGAUCAACGUGAUAAGAUUGAGUCAGAGCUCGAACAACACGAUAAGAUCGCGGAACAAGCCCUGCAAGUCAAACGAGAUGUGGAGUCUAUUGGACGAACGGUCGCGUCAAUUGCCAAAUAUCAUGGCGAAAUUGGAACUCUCGGAACCCAAGUUGAGGAACUUUCGACGAAACAAUCCCAACAAAUGACUGGCCGAACUUUGGAGGACAUCCGAGAGGAUCUAAACUCCACAACCGAGAAAAUCCGUGGUAUACAGAAUGUGAUGACACGCCUCAGAGCGGAUCAAGAACAGUCUCGAGCUGCAAUAUCAUCCCAAGAGCUUGAGCUGAGAGAUCUGAAGGGAGAGUUGAGCACAGUUGGUCAUCAACUUGACAAAAAAGCAUCGCUUGCUGCCCGUGUCGAGGAGUUCCGCGAGCAGAAUCGGAAACUACGCGAAGACCUCAAUAAACUCGAUCGAGACAUUGAAAUGCUCGAUCCUCAAAUCGCAACAGCAAAGGCCAAGUCUGAAGACAUUGAACAGAGAACAGCCGCCAAAGAACACGAAAUGUUUUCCGAACAGACUAGGCUUAGCGAAAGCGUGAACAGCCUAGACAUAUUGAACGAUCAGGUCCAAGCCUACGUAGAUCGCGACGGACCAAAUCAGGUUGCCCAUGUAAACAGAGAGCUGAGCCAUCUUGAAGGAGAACUAGAUCGUGCUCAGACUGAACAAGGACAGCUAACGCGGGAAAUGAACAAGAUCAAUGAUCAAAUCCGAGACAGCGAGUCGACCAGAAGACGGUACUCGGACACUUUGCGGUAUCGGCAAGAGACAAGAAAGUUGGCACGAUUGCAAGAAGAGAUUGAAGAGCUUACCAGCCAGAAUAGCGAAGCGGAUCGUGACAAUUUUCAGCAACAAUCUAAAAAGUACCAGAACGAGUACACCAGACUCAGUGCCGAACAAGCGCGCAAGGCGGGAGAGGUGACAUCAAAGGAUGCUCAGCUCAAGGAACUCAUGGAGGAUUACAAUCUCAAUCUCGAAGAUGCUGCGAAUCGCUACAAGGAGGCCCAUAUCAAAGUCGAGGCCACCAAGGCUGCAGUGGAGGAUCUGGGCCGGUACGGUGGAGCGCUGGACAAAGCAAUCAUGAAAUAUCAUAGCCUCAAGAUGGAGCAAAUCAACGCCAUCAUCGAAGAGCUGUGGCGGAAGACAUACAAAGGCAGCGACGUUGAUACGAUCCUGAUCCGUGCCGACAACGAAUCUGGACGUGGCAAUCGUUCGUACAACUACCGCGUGGUCAUGGUAAAACGCGAUGUUGAAAUGGACAUGCGAGGACGGUGCAGUGCUGGGCAAAAGGUUCUUGCCAGCAUCAUCAUCCGACUUGCCCUGGCGGAAUGCUUCAGCGCGAACUGCGGACUCAUCGCUCUGGACGAGCCCACGACCAAUCUCGACCGCGAGAACAUCGAAAGCCUGGCGGAGUCGCUGCGCGACAUAAUCAGGGAACGACAACAGCAAUCCAACUUCCAGCUCAUCGUGAUCACCCAUGACGAAGACUUCCUUCGUAAGAUGGAUUGCGCCGAUUUUGCCAAUUACUAUUACCGAAUCUCCAGGGACCAGGCCGAGAAUUCCAUUAUUGAAAGACAACAGAUCACUGAGGUUUUGUAG